GCUGGUUUUCCCAGUCCCAGGGGGCCCAUUGAAUAGGUAACCACAGCGGUACGGCCUUUCUGUUUUCACAUACACUGACUGAGCAUUCAAGAAACUGCACAUGUCAUUGCAAACUUCUUCCUUUUGUCCCUCUGGCAGGGAGAUACUGUCGAGCGACUGACAACUCAUGCUUUUGACAGAUUGCCACAGAAUCUUAGUCUGACAGGCAUGCUUUUCUCCCAGGCUGAAAAUUGCAAUGUGGGAUUUGUUCUUGGAGAUGUGGCAUGACCUGGCUUCUGCAAGUAAUCCUUCAAUUGGCUUGCAGAACCAGCCUAAAACUCGCAGGCUGUAGUGCUCCUCAGAGUUGAACUCAAAGCUUCUUUUCAUCCACUGAAACUGAAAUAUUGAACCCCUGAAUAGGAAUAAACAAAUUCUGUUGGGCUGAAAUUGAUAUUCCUGCAAUGCUCUGAUGGUUUUCCAGUCCCACUCUGUCUUCUCAGGCACGUCCUCUCCACUCCAUUCCUCACUUCUAACCCUCUGAGACAGGUACCCGAUAACCCAGGAUUCUAGAAAGAUGGUUAGAUGUUCGUGCUCCUCACUACGCGGUUCGAUUUCAACCUCCACAGCACAGAAUUUCCAGAUUCCAUCAUAUACCCAGAUACAGACAUAAACAAAUGCACAUCCGACAAUCAGGACAUCAGACAGAAGGCUCAGGUUGAAAGCUCUGUGAAAUGUGUCAAUAAAUAUGAAUCCAGGGAAUAUGGUAUUCAAAAGAGAACCAACAAGGCUUGAUACUUGGUCCAUGAUAUUUUUGACAAGUAUGAAAGCAAUGGCAGGUUGGGCAGGGUCGUAGAGGGAAAAAAAGGUCAAAUGAAAAACACACUGAGAGAUGAAGGGCUGUACCAGGGAACUGAGAAAUUAUAUACAACACUGACACCAAUCGCAGCAUUCAUGUAUGUACCUCCACAAGUCCGUCCAUAAUCCAAUCACAAAGCUCAUAGUGACGGCAGAACCAACUCUCCAAUCAUACAUGCACUCCCCCCCGAAAGAUUGUCUCUUGUUUUCCCACCAUAAGAUCCGCCCAGGCCACAUAUUCAGAGCUUCAGAUGGGAUAGUUAUGGAGUGAGUAUGUGAUUCGGAAAAAGAGAGCGUAACAGUGCAAGGAAAAGUAGUCUUUUCACCAGAGAUAUGCAGGUGGCCAUUACUAAAUGAGUACAACCGGAUGUAUCGCAUUACAUCCCUGAUAUAACCAGCCUCAAACGCCAUGGCAACCCCCGCCCACGAUCUCAUAAGAUCGGAUAGUGAGGCUGGGAGUAACUUGCCAGUGCCUGCACUGACAAAGUAGCUAUCUCCACGCUUUAAAAGUUGGAGAACUGGGGUUGAAGCCUGGUUCUGUUAGCGAAAACUACCACAUACAGGGGAGGACAUGUACCGUUGGCAUGAUCUCAAAACUAGAGGAUUUUACAGGUGCUCCCUGCAAGCUGGCAACAGUGCUCCGCUGAACUGUGUGCUCAACUUUGAUUGAAUAUUUUUUUUUAGUUCGGAUGAUGAUUGUCAUGUGCAUUUUUCUGCUUCUACGUUAGUGACUUCCUAGCAAAGACAAGUAAAAGAAGGUUGCCAAUGUACACUGAGCAGGUUGGUUCAAACUCAGACUGAAAGACUCAUAUGGCAAAGGAAUAAUAUGUCAACCAACUUUGUAUGAUAAUAGUAAGCACGCCCUUCGCAUGGAACGAUGGGAGCAAAAUUUCUCCUUGCGUGUAAGACAAUAAUCCGAGUGCGAACCAACAUGGAUGAGCAGCCCGUAUUCAAACAAGGCAACGAGCGAGCGGUGAUCAACACAAGUUUCCCCGUGCCCUCAACACAGCCUGAUACCCCUGGCUGCACUUUGCAUACUCCUGAUCUUUUCCGAGGCAUCCCAUACUGCAAUGGCAUAGAUAGUCUAGGUGAUGGCCAUCCUUGCACCCUCGCAUGCACGGCGCAGCUUUGGCGAGGAGAAACCGAGAAAUCGAGAAGUGUUGGCAAUGCUGUAAAGGUCAAAGCAACGAUCACGCAAUGUCAAGUAGUUGUUCUCGACAGCCCACUGAAAACAAAGCUCUCAGAACUUGGAGAUAUUGUCUGCGAUUUAGGGGAGAAGGACAUUGGAAAAUUUCUGAAGACUAUAUGCGAUUCCCCGGAUGACACAACAUCAUUCUUCAAAGCUGUUACUACAGCAAUCCGCCGCCAGAAUACACGCAAGCCCACACGACAUGAAUUCUUUCAAAGUUUCACGUUAAAAAAGCAAGCCUUAUCUGAUGAACAGGUGUCCUCACUUGCAACUAUCACUAAGAAUUGGGAGCUUGAUGAUAACAAGUUAGAAGAGCUCGAAAAGUCGGCACAGAUUGAGGACGUUAGUCCUGUACGGCGCGUGGUCAAUUCCAUCAAAGUUUUCGAAUCGAUUGAAGAAGAAGUGAGAGCCCAGUGUUCGGAAUACAAGAAGAAUCACCAAGAGUCGCUUGAACCCCAGGAGCCCACAAAGAUACUCUCAAGAGUGUUAAAUAGCGCCACGGAGAAGAUCUGUUGUCAACUCCCGAAGGAAAAGAUCAAAGAGCAACGCUCGAGGCUAUAUAAGCAAUACUCCAGGGGCAAAAAAUGGGCUCAAAUCAAGCCCGGUUGCAUGGUUCUUUCUCUCCAAUCCACUUCUGUGAGAAGGUUCGAAUGGAGAAAAUGGGCAUCGAUCAAAAUCAGUGCGCUGAAUGCAUACAUCGAACAUUUGCACGCCUUCUCUAUGCGGGAUUCACUAUCAAUGGCAUAUAUGCGAAUUCAUGAGGAAUAUGUCCGCCGCUCAUCGCCUCAAAAUCGGUCCACGAACUCCUCACAAGCAAUUGAUGGCUGGAGUGGAAAACAGAAAUUACCUCCUGGCAAAAAAAGGCGCACACAAGCUUCCAGGGCACAUGUUGGACCCUCACCUGUUUUUGAACCAAGCACCUCGACUAUUACAGGCUUCAACGAUCAUCCUGCACAGCAAACGUCCGCCAACCACCUGGGAACCUCGAACCAAAUAGAAAACAGACGCAGCACAUCCUCAACUUACAGCUGUCCCAGUGGCUCAGGUGCUCCUUAUGACCCUGCCUAUUAUUCGAUGCAAUCUGAACCGACCCUAGCGGGUGCACUCAUACAGCAAUUCCCCCAAGGUUACGGAGAAUCCGUCAACCCGUCCGUUGAGGGAGACGUUUACCCAAACCCAGGUUACGGAGAAUCCGUCAACCCGUCCGUCGAGAGAGAUGUUUACUCAAACCCAGGUUACGGAGAAUCUGUCAACCCGUCCGUUGAGGGAGACGUUUACCCAAACCCAGGUUACGGAGAAUCCGUCAACCCGUCCGUCGAGGGAGACGUUUACCCAAACCCAGGUUACAGACAAUCUGUCAACCCGUCCGUCGAGGGAGAUGUUUACCCAAACCCGGGUUACGGAGAAUAUGUCAACCCAUCCGUCAAGGGAGAUGUUUACCCGAUAAUUUUUUUCUAGGAAAUAGAUUUACAAUAUCACGUUAAUGAAGGAUUCAUGGUGGAAAAUUCGAGUCCUGUAACUAGGCUUGCACAGACAGUUUAAUUUAUUGUCCCCAGCAGUAGAUGCAACCAUUUCAGCCAUUGCUUAUUCUACCUCAGUCCAACCGCCCGUACAACAGCGAUUCAUUCCAGCUUGCUCUCAUUGGACAUUGACGCGUCUUCUGGUACUGAGAUAAUGAGAAAGUCCAACUGAGCAUCAACAACUUGAUUACUUGUAAACCGAGUAUAUUUCCCUGGCUCAAAGCGUACGCCAUGGAUAUCAACAGCUCCCAAUAGCGGAAAAAAAAGAUUGUCAAACCCCGGUCCUUUUAGAAUCGUCGUAUAUCCAGAAAUUCUGUAGAGGGUAAAUUUGCAGCCCUAGCGCAAAUAGUUAGCAACAUCGCGAAUGAGUCAUGGGCCAGAGUGGUAUCUACUUUGUCCAGUUUCAACUUGCUUAGCAGCGGAUAGACCUUCUGAAAUCUUGACAUAUCAACGCAAUGCCACGUGUUUUUUCCCUGGGUGACCAUUUCUGCCGCCCGAAACCACUCUGCUAACUCAUCCAAAUCUCUUUUAGCAUCGCUAUCAAUUGUUGAAAGGAAUUCGAAUUCCCUUGUAUCUUUUGAUUCCGUGUCAUCUUUAUCGGAGGCCAUGUUGAUGAUGAUGAUGAUGCAAGAUGGGUGUGGGGAGAACUGUUCGCUCUCUCAAAUGAAAAUAUAAAGAGACUGUCUAAUCAAAAACUUAUUAAUAUAUGCCUGAAGAUGCUAAGCAGAAUUAUAACUCACAUCCGUAACAAGGGAUAGAUAAGUUUGCGGCGAUAGGACUGGAAUAAAAAAAGAAAAGAAAUAGAGAGAGAAAAGUUUGGCGGGGCAUGUGGGACAUCUCAAAAUGACGCAUUUAUGCAUGAUGCAAGAGUAGUAGUUCGUUAUGUAAUCCAGCUUAAUGAUCAUAGCGGAGAAGUCACACUUGAUCGUGG